UCUCAGCAGCUCACUUCUUGGAGGCUCUCACACUUCAUGCUGCAGUCAGGAGCUCAGCAGAGUCCAACAUGAUUCUUCUUACCGUGCUGUUCCUUUGCAUCAUUUCCACCUACUCAGCCUCUGUUAAAGGGCACACUACUGGACCAAGCUUAAAUAAUGACAAGCUAUAUAAGUUUGCUUACUCAGCUGAAGUGUAUGUUGAUCGGGUGAAAGCAUCACUGCAGAAAAGCGCAGGAUAUCGGAUUUCUUCUGGUGUGGAUGUCAACCUCUUAUGGAGAAAUCCCGACAAUGAUGAUGACCAGUUGAUCAAAAUUAUGAUAAAAGAUGUUCAGGUUGAAAAUGUGAAUGAACGUCCAGCUGAUAAAAACAUCUUCAAAGGAAAAAGCACAGAGAAGAUCAUCGGAAAAGAAUAUCUGGAAGCUUUACAGAGGCCCAUGGUGCUUGAGCUAGUCCGUGGAAAAGUGAAAACCUUCUACUCGUAUCAAAAUGAACCUGGUUUUACUCAAAAUCUUAAGAGAGGUCUGGCUAGCCUUUUCCAGCUACAACUGCACUCUGGAUCUGUCCGUGAGGUGGACAUUUCUGGGAAAUGCAAUACUACUUACCAUGUGCGUCAAGAUCAAGUGACUAAAAUCAAAGACCUGGACUCCUGUGAAACAGAAAAGCAAGGCUUUACCAGCCACAACCCGAUCUUAGAUGUCGGUACAAAAGGCACAUCUGCCACAAUUUAUGUGCUGGAAGAUAGUUUCAUUAAAUCCAUUAAGGCAGAAGAAAAUCAUGUUUUCGUUCUGAACUUGCGACGAAAAACAGGUGCCAAAAUAGUUUCAAAGCAGAGACUGGAACUGAAGUCAGUACAAGCUGGCCCUGGACUGAUCGCUGGGAAGCAAGUUGCCAGUGUGAUCAAGACCUUGGACUCCAGUUUUGUUGCUGUGCCACUAGAAGCAGAGCCAGCGAAAUCCAAAUGCAAAAAGUGUCCUUCACUUUCUGAUCACUGGCAGAGCAUCAGAGAACAUAUGCAACCUGAAAAACUUUCCACAGCUACAGCAGCAAAAAGCUUUUUGUCCUUCAUUCAGAGCAUCAGAAAAGCUACAAAAGAGGAGAUACUGCAAAUUAUUAGAAGUGAAAAGAAAGAACUUCUUCCACAGAUGGUGGAUGCUGUAACCUCUGCUCAGACCCCAGAAUCGCUGGAGGCCAUACUGGAGUUUCUUGACUUUAAGGAUGCAAGCACUUUUGUCCUGCAGGAGCGAUUUCUGUAUGCCUGUGGAUUUGCUUCUCACCCCAAUGAAAUGCUCCUGAAGUCUUUAACUGAUAAGUUCAAGGGUGAUAUUGCAAAUGAAGAAAUCAGAGAAACUGUUGUCAUCAUCAUGGGAGCGCUCAUCAGAAAGCUGUGUGACAGAGGAGGCUGCAAGCUUCCAGCUGUUCUGGAAGCCAAAAGGUUGAUUCUAAAUAGACUGGAGAAGGCCAAGAAAGAUGACAAUGUGAGGAUGUACCUGCUGGCACUGAAGAAUGCACUUCUUCCUGAAGCAAUUCCACUGCUGCUGAAGUAUGCUGAGGCAGAGGAAGGGCCCAUUAGCAGUCUUGCUACCACUGCCUUACAGAGAUAUGAUCCUUCUUUUCUCACCAAAGAGGUGAAGGAAACAAUGAACAGGAUAUACCACCAGAAUCGUAAAGUCCAUGAAAAGACAGUGCGAACCACUGCAGCUGCUAUCAUCUUAAACAGUAACCCAUCCUACAUGGAAGUGAAAAACAUCCUGCUCUCCAUUGGUGAACUGCCUAUGGAAAUGAACAAGUACAUGCUCUCCAUGAUCCAAGAUAUACUUCACUUUGAAAUGCCUUCAAGCAAAACAGUUCGGAAAGUUCUGAAGGACAUGCGUGCUCAUAACUACGAACGCUUCUCCAAGACAGGCUCCUCCUCUGCCUACUCUGGCUAUAUUACACGUGGUCCUGAUGUAUCCUCCACAUACAGCCUUGACAUCCUCUACUCAGGCUCUGGCAUUUUAAGGAGAAGUAACUUGAACAUCCAUAUUUUUGACAGAAGUGCUGAACUUCAUGCCAGCCAGGUGGUGAUUGAAGCUCAAGGUCUGGAGUCCAUAAUAGCAGCAACUCCUGAUGAAGGCGAGGAAAACCUGGACUCCUUUGCUGGCAUGUCAGCCAUUCUGUUUGAUGUUCAGCUCAGGCCAGUUACAUUUUUCCAAGGGUAUGGUGAUUUAAUGUCUAAAAUGCUCUCAGCAACUGGAGAUCCCAUGAACGUGGUGAAAGGACUUAUCCUUCUGACAGAUUACUCACAGGAGAUUCAGCUGCAGUCUGGGCCGAUAGCCAGUGCAGAGUUCCUGGGUGGACUGGCCAUUGACAUCUCAGGAGGGAUGGAGUUCAGCCUGUGGUACAGGGAAUCCAAAACCAACGUAAAGAACAGGGUAGCCGUGUUUUUAGCUGGUAACACCGAGGUUGAUUCCUUCUUUGUAAAAACUGGCGUGGAAACCACUUUGGAAGUAGAAACAGCAUUAGACUUCAUCUCCACUGUGCAGUUUUCACAGUACCCAUUUUUAGUCUGUAUGCAGAUGGACAGAGUCGAGUCUCCAUUCAGGAGUUAUGUGACCAAGUAUGAGAGUCUGCCAUCUGGCAGGAGGUACACUGCAAAGGGAGGGAAAGCAACAGUGUUGGCAGGGAAUGAAUAUCCUCUCCAUCAAGAAAACUCCAACAUGUGCAGGAAGGUUUUCGGUGCAAAAUCUGAUUCUGCUGGCAGCUGGUUUUGAAACAAGAACCUGAGCUUUUGCUUUCCUGAAUCCAUGGCUCCCUCAAUGACUUAGGCUUGCACGUACUGUACUAAUGUGGAGCUUGAUCUUGCACUACUGCAGUUAAUGGGAAAUUUGCCAUUGAUUUCAACAGGCCAGGAUCAAACUCUCAGUGCGUGCACAGUGUUUACAUAUGAACCUAUAUUUAAAACCUUUGUAAAAAAAAAAAAAGCUAAGGCAAAUAAAGACCAAUUUGGUA